AUGGGGGAAAGGAACGUGCUCGAGUACGCAGAAGUGAUAAUCGACCGGCAGAGAGACAAGAUCAACGAGUUGGAGAAGAAGCUCAUAGAGUUGCGAAGCAGCAGCGAAGAGCUGCAAAAAAAUGCCUUGAAAAAUGACGAAGAAAAUAAAACCCUCAGGCUGGAACUAAACAGAAAAAAAGAAAACGACAUGAUGUUGAGCAUGCAACUAAAUAAAGAAAAUGAAUUUCUUCAAAAAAUCAACGUACUGGAAAAGCAACUACUCAAAAGAGACACCCUCCUGGAGGAAUUAAACAACCUUUUGAAAAAAAGAAAAUAUGAAUACGAAUUGUUGCUACAGGAAAAAGAAAACCUAACAAAUACUGUUAACAUGAUGAGAAGUGAUAUGUGUAAAAAUAGAAAGAUGGAAAAACUAAAGGAAGAAGAAUUUUUAAAUAAUGAAAAAGAAAGUGAAAAUUUCCUAAAUCUGUAUAAAAAUAAUAAUGAAGAAUUGCACAUCACCAAGAGAUGCCUAAUACAAAUUGAGACCGAACUACAUUUAUAUAAAAAACAAAACGAAAAACAGAAAAAUGAAAUCCAGAGGCUGCACAAAAUAAUUAGCUGUAUGAACAAAGAAAAGGCUCUUACCCCCCCCAUCGUAUUAGCCCUACAAAAUGAUUAUGUCAGAGGUAGAAAUAGUAAGGCGAUAAAUGAAUAUAUGCAAGUGAAAACUAUUCAAGAUCCCCCCCCGGGUCUUUCAACACAAAUGGAGAAUAAGGUAACCAUACUGAAGCACAUGAGUCCUGAAAAAAAACUCCACCAAAGGAUGACCUAUGAUGAAAAUGUACUAAAAUUAAAUUUAAUGCAAUCGCAGGAACAGAAAAAUCUAUUUAACAAAAUAUUAGAAACGUUAAAUAAAAUUCAGCAUGUGAAAUGUGGCGAUAAUAAAAUGGAUUUUUUCUUUUCCUCCAACGUUUUGCACUUUUUUGAAAGCAACAAGGAACAAACAUUAUUGCGGACUAAUAAUGAAUCACUAAAUAAUUUAUUCAGCUUAACCAACGAGUCGGCGCAAGACUCGAGCCAUUUGUCGGACGACAGUUCUGAUAAUCCACUAGAAAAAAAAACGCCCUUAAGGAAGAACAAUAAGGAUAAAAAAAGGAAUAAAAAACAAAAGAAGGAGAAGACGAAGAAGAAGAAAAAAAAAAAUGACAUGAUUCUUCACUCUCCUUUUUCAAUGAAGAAAUGUAAAAAGGACAAGAAAAAAAAGGAAAUACGGGGAGUUGGUCCAAAGCACACAUUAGCAGGGUCGGAAGACAGCUCCAGCGAAGACGAUGACAGCAAUCCACAGCACGGCCUUGGGGACAAGACGACCACCAUCAGUGAUGACACGAAUCAUGGCACAAGUGAAGACACCACCAACCAGGAAGCCAUACACAGCGAACGUGAAGGUGAGGAAAGCGAAAGCAGCGGUAGCGAAAUCAGUGAUGGUAAAAGUAGCCAUAGCAGAAGCGACGAUGGCGCGAGCAGCGAUUCACAGAGCGACUCGCAUCCCCCCUGUGCCAAACAGGGAUAUCGGAAGGGAGGCACCAUCGAGGAGUCAGCAAGUGACACAGAUGGAGAGAACAUCAACCAUAUGAAGAACAAACAUAGUUACAAAGGAAAUAAAAGGGCACUGUUGAAUUAUGAGAAUUAUAAAGAAAAAUUCAUAGGAAUUACAAAUAAAGAAAUAUUUAUAUAUAGCAAAAAAGAGGACGAAGAGCCAGCGUACGUUCUAAAAAAUAAGAAUAUCAAAAAUGUGAAGACGUUUUAUAGUAAGCAGGUGUAUGUGUUGGAGUAUAUCUCAUUCGACAAAAUUCUACAAAAGCAUUAUUUUUUAAUAAAAGAUGACGAUAAGUCACUGAGAAUGUACUACGCUUUGCAGUACGCAGGGUUUAUCAAACAUGACAUAGACAAAUUUGAAGGGGAGGAAGAAAACAAAAGGGAUCAUGUGGGAAGAUUAAACAAAAAUUAUUAUGGGAACAAACCAGAAAAUAUAAGCGAUGAACAAGAAAGGGGUUCAUAUUACAGAAAACUAAGAUCAACCUUCCCAGAAAUUAUUGUAAAUAUAUUUACUCCCAAUGGGAUUGACAAAAAUGGUAAUAACGUACCUUACUUAUGUAGUAAUGUACUAAUCAAGAGAAACCCCAAAAAUAAUCAUCUAAUGCUCAAAAAUUUUGACAAUAAAAAGGCUUUUAUUAACUGCCAAGAUUACCAUAUGGAUUAUAAAAAUAAUAAGUUCACCCUCUAUUUUAAUGACUUUAAAGGUCAGCAUAUUAUUUUACCAAAGAGUAAAGGGUGCACGGGUAUCCUGCAGGACAUACUAAAUCAAAUGAGGUGGAAAAAUUCGCACCAUCUUUACGAAUCAGGCAACAAAGAUGCAUACGAUGAUGAAGAUGUAGACAGCUCUGACGUGUCUUCUUAUGACUCGGAAGGGUUAACCGCGGGAAAGGGGAAAUAUGAUGCUAGGGAAAAAAUGGGAAAACGGGGAAGCAACAGAGGUAGAGAUGGUGCUAGAGAAAAGUCCAGAGAUAGGGUUAGAGAUCGGGACAAGGAUGGAGGAAAAGAUGCAGAAAGCGACUUCUUUAGAGAAGUGGACAGAUCACGUAGUAGAGAAAUGGACGCGAAAACGGAAAGCGAAGGCGACAGAAAAAUAGGAAUCCAGAGAAAGGGCUUAAUGGAUAAGGCAGUCGAAAGAGAGAGCGAGAAAGAGAAAGAAGAAGAUGGGGAGAAAGACGCGGAGGAUAGAGAGGAUGACAUCCUGGAAAAUUUGAACCUGUCGGACAAAAUGGAAGACACGUUCUGUAUAAAAGAAAAUGUACUUUACAUAUCCAAAGAUGGCAACCCUUUUAAGAAGGACCAAAUGAGUUUCAACGAUGAAAACGCUUUUAAAUUCCAGAACGAAAAUUUGCAGAUAUUGAGAGAUGAUGGUGCGCAAGAAUUAACCUUUAUAAAGACCGAAGAAAAUAAAGAUGAAGAGAUCUACAUUUUUCACUACCCCAAGAAGGAGAAGUAUGAUCAUUUUAUAUCCAAAUUGAGUAAGAAUAAUUUUAAAGUGAUUCAGAAAAAUAUUUAUGAUAAAAUGAAAAAGGAAGGAAAAAACGAAGAAGGGGAAAAAAAAUCAUUUAUUGAACAGUCAGAUGGAAAGGCCGAACCGGGGGUGGGAAAAAUAGAGAAAGCGGAUAAAUUGAUUAAAAACAACCAAGUAGUUGUCAUUGAGAAAGGAGUAUUAUCAAUUUAUAAAGAUUACGGAAACGAAAAUUCUGUUCCCAUAAUCAAAUUUACAUCCGAUUUUUGUGAUGUACAAGCAAAUGAACAAAAUGGAGAAAUUAGCAUAAAAGAAACGUCAAAAGAUAGUAAUGAUAGAAUUGUUCUCGACUGCUUAAAUAAAACAGAGUUCCAUAGAUGGAAAAACGCGCUAUGUUUCGGUGGCUUUAUAAAAGGAGAAAAUAUCAGCAGUUCCUACAUGAAUUUGAAAAAACACAUAUUCUCCAUCAAUUUAUUUGACAACUUGGACGUAAAAAGUUUAGUCAAAGUAAAUAGCAAUUUUAUAUAUAUUUAUCCAAAUAACGAAAUGAAGAUCCCCUUAUUUUCCUUUGACAAGGAAAAAAUAGAAUUGGUGCUAAUUUCGGACUUAAGGAAAAUACGAAUUUAUAUGCAGAGGGAUACCAUAUAUGAGCAGCGAUACGAUAUAACCAUUUCGUUGGCGCGCGAUUUCGUGAGCAUUAAGGAGCAAAUAGAAAAGUACAAUUUUCAUACAUUAAAUAACAAAAAAAAUCAAAAAAUAAGAAAGCCUUUUGUGCUUUGCAAAACGAAUAUUAUUGCUAUACAUAAGGAUAAAUAUAAAUUACAACCCGACCUUAUACUGGAAAAAAAAAACUGCACAGUUUUAUAUGAUAAAGACCAAUUAACGGUCACCUUUAAAAUUAAAAGUAAAUUAGAUAUCACUCAGGAAGACAUAAAAACUAUUACCCUAUCUAAUUCAGUUAAUUUUAACAAAUGGUUAGUCACACUAAAACUGGCUUCCUUCAUACCUGGCUUUCACGAACUAGAAGAUGACAUUGCUUUUCCCACCAUCGUCUUUGGGCACACCUGUCCCGAGGCAACUAGCUUACUUGCGAAGAGAAAUUCAAUCAUGAAUUUUUUUAAAAAAUAA